AAAAUACGGUUCUGAAAGGUGCUGCAGGCAGUGCAUGUGCCAAGGAGAUCAUACUUUGUCGUUUAUUUAUUUUGUAAUGGGCCCAUCUAGCUUGAUUAUAAUCAGCGGUUAAUUUGUGCAAGGCCGCUUAAUUUAUAGCUAACUAGAAAUGUGAAGGGUCAAUUACCAUUCAGAUCAGACGUCGUUAAAUAGAGGUUAGCGGGCUUGGUAGGUCCAUCCAUAGUUACCCAAGUAGUAGUAUACCUAUACCAAAGGAAAGAAGACUGAAACGGCUUCCAAAAUGGGAGAUGAAAAAGUGCAAAUGCGGAAACAGUUAGGGCUCUUAGAGGGGGUGGCAAUAAUAUUGGGGAUCAUAUUUGGCAGUGGUAUUUUUAUAACUCCUAAAGAAGUCUUGGAGAAAACUGGUUCGGUAUGGGGAUCUCUGACUGUGUGGACCCUGUGCGGAGGCAUGGCGACGCUAGGAGCUUUAUCCUAUGCAGAAUUGGGGACUACACUGCUGCAGAGUGGUGGCGACUACCACUACAUUAAUGAAGCCUAUGGACCUUUGCCUGCUUUUCUGUACCUUUGGGACGCUAUCUUCGUAUUUGUGUGAGUAAAUUACUUACUAUCAUGAUCUAUUGUCACAGGUUUAUUCCUUCUAAUGAAAGA